AACGUCAUGAAGGAAGGUGCAGCCUCUCUGAAGAUGGCGGCGACCAUAGACAACAGCAAUGCUGUGCAGGCGAACAAGAAGAAGCACCUCGGCAUCCCCGCGGCGGUGUUUGUGGAGGAUGUCGACUCUUUCAUGAAGCAGCCUGGCAACGAGACGGCAGACUCGGCACUAAGGAAGCUGGACGAACAGUACCAGAAAUAUAAAUACAUGGAGCUCAACUUAUCCCAAAAGAAACUCCGGUUGAAAAACCAGAUCCCACAAAUCACACAAACGUUAGAAAUCUUACGACACAUGCAGAAGAAAAAGGAAACAACAGAACCCAUGGAAACACACUUCUUAUUGGCCGACAACGUUUACUGCAAGGCCUCAGUGCCACCCACCAACAAAGUCUGCCUAUGGUUAGGGGCCAACGUCAUGUUAGAGUACGACAUCGACGAAGCCCAGGCGCUCCUCGAGAAGAACCUGUCCACGGCGUCUCGCAACCUGGAGACGCUGGAGGAGGACCUGGAUUUCCUGCGAGACCAGUUCACCACCACCGAAGUCAACAUGGCGCGAGUCUACAACUGGGACGUGAAGAGAAGGAGCAAAGAAAACCUCCUGAAGUCUGCGGAGAAGUCUUAAUACCGACGGCACGGUGUCCACGCCCCCCUUUCUGCUAACGACCCCCCCCCCACCCCCUUAGUCAGUUCUAAAUGAAAUAAACGACCCCUCCGAUCAUGUGUAUGUUGUCCCCGCAGCUCGGCGCGUAGAGGGCGUGUUGGAUGUGUUUUUUUGCAGUGGCUGUGCUCCGUUUGAGGAUGGGGAAAUCAAACGCGCCCCGCACCUCUGUUUGACUUUCAGCGUUCUCUCUAUGGAGCUGAGCUCGCUCUCCCACCACGAUUGUUUUCUGUUGUUACUUUUUUAAGUAUUUUUUCAAGUAAAAACAAAACAAGGCAACGACAGUUUUUUGUAUUCUUUUUAAUGGUAUGACUAUGUCUGUUGAUUUUAGGGUUUUUCUUUCGGAGGGGCUUUUCCCGCAUCGUCUUUUUCCGACUCACUCCUUCCUCACUCGACGUCACGCUCCUGCCUUUUCCUCUGUUCACCUUGCGGCACUUUGGGUUGGCUUAUUGUAAAACACACUCGCUGUUGUACUGAGUAAGUAGGACGAUGAUAACGUCGGAAGAGAAAAACAGCGAAUCAAAACUAGUCAGGCCUCAGAUUUUGUUCAUUUCAGGGAGGAGCUGUCCUCCAAACGUGCGUCUCCUCUUCCUCCGUCCCUCCGCUGUGCACUCCAGUCAUGUCCUCUGCCUCCUUUUCUUCUUCCUCCUCCUCCUCCUCUUCGCUGCUGUCCCGUCUGUAUUUAUUUGUCUCUCACUGUACUCAUUAAACAAUGAAUGAAGUAAAAGACGAACAUUUGGGCAAAGAGAGAACAGCCUGACCUGGA